AUGUCACCAAGCAGCAGUCAGAUCGAGGCGACACCAUCGCAGAACACGACGCAAUCGCCGCAGGACGUUGACGGAAUGCGAAACGCGUUUCAACAAAUCGCCUUCCUUCAACAAUACCACCAGCUGAUUGGCAACGCGGCGGCGGUUGCGCCAUUGGUGGCGCCUGUCGCCAUUCCACCGCCAAUCGUCACACCAAUUGGAUCGUCGGCGAAAGGCGGCCGAGAGAUGUUCUCGAUUGACGCGCUUCUCAAUAUGGCGGCUAGCGAGCAGUCGACACCACCACCCGACGAGACGCCGGCCCCGCCACCACCACCACCAAUCGUCCAAGCCACCAACGCCACCAUCAUUCAGCUGCCGGCGAAUCUCGAGUUGUCGGCGACGGACGUCGCCAACAUCAUUCAGGCGAUAUCGGCGGCGACGAGUCGCGCGACACCCCAACUCGCCAACGUCACACUGUCGCCGGCGGCGUCGACGACGUCGUCGUCGCGAAACGUCGACGCCGACGAUGACGACGACGACGGCGAUUUGUUCGUCGACGUCGAGUCGAUCGAGGUGGCGAUCGACGGCAAAGAUCGCCGAAAAGCGCACGUCGAGUUCUAUCGCAAAAUGAAGGCGAUGCGGCAACGCGAGCGAACGCUGACGUGCGCGCGCUGCAACAAGAAGGUCGACAACAUCGAGAAUUCGAUUCAGACGCACGUCAGCGAGCACGCCGACGCCGGCGGCUAUCAAUGCCGCUUGUGCGGUUGGCAGAGCAACGACAAAUACCGCAUCUACGAUCAUAUGCGCACGUCGCAUCCGACGAAAAUCGACAAGUUCGCCGAUAAGCGCGACAUGCCGAAAAUGUGCGAGACGCUCGCCGAGUGCUUCCCGCGCGUCAACGUUCGACCGCGAAAAGAGAUCGACAAGGGACCCGAAAAGUAUUUGGCCGAGAUCCUUCAAGAGACGUCGCAACUCCAUCAACGCGAACGCCAAUGCGCCAUUUGUCGAGCGUCGGUGCGAACCGAAAAAGGCGCCAUGAUUCGGCAUGUUCAAGGAGCCCACACUCUCAAGUGCAAAACGUGCAAGGUGAUUCUGACGAGCAUCGACGAGCAGCUGACGCACCAAAAGGAGAAGCACGAUCAGCGCGAUCCGAAAAUGUCGGUGCACUACGCGCCGAGCGCCGCGUUGGCCUGCCUACAGCCAUCGCUCGAGAAAUGCUUUCCGAGGGGUUUUCAAAUAAUUCCCUGA